ACCUCCACCGACCUUCCUUUCAUUCCCGUAAUCCGUCUGCGUAGGGUGUGCUCCGGAGCUAGUCUCGGCACACAUUUUAUUAUUAUGAAACAAACCAAAAGCUAGAGAGCACACGCAGACAUAUUUUUAUAAGAAAAAAAAAACAAAAAAAUCGGUGAAGCAGGAUUUGAUUUGCCAACUCAAAGCAACGCGAAGAAGACGGAACGAGAAGAACGCGAGCAGGCUAGCGGCGUUAGCGUCAUUGUUGAAAGCGUGGGUGACUAACGUUAGACACUUAGAUUGUUAACCACUUAUUUCUCCCUUUUACGGGCUUUGGCAUUCCAGUUUUCAUUGUAAAUGAAGUCAUUUGCUUCAGAUACUAAUGGGAAUUUUGCUUACUAACUUGACUGUGAAAGAAUACAGAUUGAUAGUAGUGAGUUCUGCGAGACACAUCGGUUAGGCCACGCUCCGACAUUUUGCUAAUCAAGCUAACUAGCCCACGUUGCUAACUGUGAAGAUCGCAAGUACUGAGAAAAUUAACCACUCGUUAUAGGAGACUGGUAUUAGCCAGUGGUUGUCAACGAAAUAUCGAGCUUUUAUAACCAUACAGUUUCCCGUCGUGUCAUAUUGUCUGAGAACACGCGUCGUCAGAUAUGAAUCCGAGCGCGCCCAGCUACCCGAUGGCCUCCCUGUAUGUGGGAGACCUGCACCCAGACGUUACCGAGGCCAUGCUCUACGAGAAAUUCAGCCCGGCUGGGCCCAUCCUCUCCAUCAGAGUGUGCAGGGACAUGAUCACCCGCCGGUCCCUCGGAUACGCCUAUGUCAACUUCCAGCAGCCGGCUGAUGCUGAGCGAGCCCUGGACACGAUGAACUUUGAUGUGAUCAAAGGCAGGCCUCUCCGCAUCAUGUGGUCUCAGCGUGACCCCUCACUGAGGAAGAGUGGAGUGGGUAACAUCUUCAUCAAGAACCUGGACAAGUCCAUUGAUAACAAGGCCCUCUAUGACACCUUUUCUGCAUUCGGAAACAUCCUUUCCUGCAAGGUGGUUUGUGAUGAAAAUGGCUCAAAGGGUUACGGCUUUGUGCACUUUGAGACCCACGAGGCUGCUGAGCGGGCCAUUGAGAAAAUGAAUGGCAUGUUGCUCAAUGACAGAAAAGUAUUCGUUGGACGCUUUAAAUCACGGAAAGAGAGGGAGGCUGAGCUCGGUGCUCGUGCCAGAGAGUUCACCAAUGUUUACAUCAAGAACUUUGGGGAGGACAUGGAUGAUGAGAAGCUGAAGGAGCUGUUUGGCAAAUAUGGACCCGCACUCAGUAUCCGUGUUAUGACUGAUGACAGUGGCAAAUCCAAGGGAUUUGGCUUCGUCAGCUUCGAGAGACACGAAGAUGCACAAAAGGCUGUAGAUGACAUGAAUGGUAAAGAACUGAACGGCAGGCAAGUGUAUGUGGGCCGCGCACAAAAGAAAGGAGAGCGCCAGAACGAGCUCAAGCGCAAAUUUGAGCAGAUGAAACAGGAUCGCAUGACCAGAUACCAGGGAGUUAAUCUGUAUGUGAAAAACCUGGACGAUGGCCUAGAUGAUGAGCGUCUGCGCAAAGAAUUCUCUCCAUUUGGAACCAUAACAAGUGCUAAGGUGAUGAUGGAGGGUGGCCGCAGCAAAGGUUUUGGCUUCGUGUGCUUUUCUUCUCCGGAAGAGGCCACCAAAGCUGUGACAGAGAUGAAUGGGCGUAUUGUUGCCACAAAGCCACUGUAUGUGGCCCUGGCCCAGCGCAAAGAGGAGCGUCAGGCACAUCUAACCAACCAGUACAUGCAGAGGAUGGCCACUGUCCGUGCUGUGCCCAACCCUGUCCUCAACCCCUACCAGCCUGCUCCACCCUCAGGCUAUUUCAUGGCGGCUAUACCUCAGGCACAGAACCGUGCUGCAUACUACUCUGCCAACCAGCUGGCCCAGCUCAGGCCCAGCCCACGUUGGGCCACUCAGGGAGUGCGUCCUCAGCACUUCCAGAACAUGCCCAAUGCUAUGCGCCCCUCAGCUCCCAGGCCCCAGGCCUUCAACACCAUCCGUCCCACCACGACCACCAACACCCAGGUCCCACGCAUGAUGGCUUCCCAGCGUAUGCCCACCCAGGCCCUCAGCCAGCGCCCCACCGGUGCUUCAGCCACUGCAGCCCCCGUGCGCGCCAUGCCCCAGUACAAAUAUGCUGCCGGUGUACGCAACCCCCAGCAGCACAUGGCCUCCCAGCCACAGGUCACCAUGCAGCAGCCUGCUGUCCAUGUCCAAGGACAGGAGCCACUGACUGCCUCCAUGCUGGCUGCUGCUCCUCCUCAGGAACAGAAGCAGAUGCUGGGUGAGCGUCUGUUCCCCCUGAUCCAGAACAUGCACCCCAGCCUGGCGGGCAAGAUCACCGGUAUGCUGCUGGAGAUUGAUAACUCAGAGCUGCUCCACAUGCUUGAGUCACCUGAGUCACUGCGCUCAAAGGUGGAUGAGGCUGUUGCUGUGCUUCAGGCCCACCAGGCCAAGGAGGCCGCUCAGAAGUCCACCACUCCCGCUGGUGUUCCCAGCGUCUAAGAUUGCGCAUUUUGAAACCUGCUUCACCGAUGGAAAAAGAGAAAAAAAAAUUAAACAUUGAAAAACCUAAAACACUGAAAACAUCGCAAAAUGAUAAAUUAUUUCUUAAAAAAAGAAUAAAACAUUGACUCUGCCAGGUCUAGGGAUGGUUUGACUAGACCUUGAUCAUAAACAAAAAUUUGUUGAAAAAAAAAAGCAAAAUAUGGAAAAAAAAAUUGAGAUGACAAAUUUGAAUGCAUUCCUGUUUUAUGUCAUUUUACUGUGUCAGUGCUCAGAAUAUCAGCCAUGUACAGGAUGGUGGUAGCUGAGCAUUUGAAAGGUGAUUUGUAUCUUAAACUACUGGCUAAUAAAUUCUCAUUCAAAAUAUA